AUGGCUUCAGACGAAGAGAGCAUCAACGGUCAACAUGAGCCUGCCGUUGACGUCGAGAAACUCGGCCGUCAACGACCAGAGGUGUUCAAGUCAAUCUGGGCUGAGCUAGGUUUUGGCAUCUCAGUUUUCUGUUCCAUGCUAUUAGCUGAAUUCUUCGUCAGCGGCUUCCAUGUCAUCCUUCCUCCCCUGGCCAAAGAGCUCGACAUCCCUCAGGCCUCCCAGACAUGGCCUUCGAGCGUUUUCUCUCUCGUCACAGGAGCAAUGCUCCUCCCCAUGGGCCGGCUCGGUGAUAUGCACGGCGGAUAUCUCGUCUUUAACGGCGGACUGCUUUGGUUCUUCAUCUGGGCUCUCGUUGCGGGCUUCAGCAAGAACUACAUCAUGCUCAUCUUCUGCCGUGCCUUGCAGGGCCUCGGUCCAGCUGCAUACCUGCCAGGCGGCGUCAUGCUGAUGGGCAAGAUCUAUCGUCCCGGCCCACGCAAGAACCUCAUCUUCGCACUCUAUGGAGCGUUCGCGCCACUUGGCUUCUUCCUCGGCAUCCUAAUCGGAGGGCUUUCCGCCGAGUUCCUGACCUGGCGGUGGUACUUUUGGAUCGGCACCAUCAUCUUUGCUGUCGUCACUGUCAUCUCGCUGCUCGCCGUGCCCUUUGACUACAACCGAAAGCGGGCCGACAUAUCAAUGGACUGGUGGGGAGUCACCACAAUUGUACCGGGGCUGCUUCUAAUUGUUUAUGCCCUCACGGAUAGCUCGCACGCCCGGAAUGGCUGGGCUACUCCGCAUAUCAUCGUGACCUUGGUUCUCGGCAUCAUCCUCCUGGUCGUGGCAUGGUACGUUGAGACGCACAAGGCCAGGCAUCCUCUCCUGCCGGCUGACCUCUUCGCACCAAAGUGCAUGAAGCGCCUGACUGCAGCAUUGUUCAUGAGUUUCGGCACCUUCGGGAUCUUCCUGUUCUACUCCAGCUUUUACAUAGAGCUGGUGCUCCACAAGUCGCCGCUUACGACAGCCAUCUGGUACAUCCCUCUGUUCGCCGGUGGGUUACUCAUCGGCACCGUCGGCGGAUUCACUCUGCAUUUCCUUCCUGGCAGACUUCUGCUGUUCAUCUCGUGUCUGGCCAAUGCAACGAGUAUGCUGCUAUUCGCUCUUAUGCCAGAGAACCCAAACUAUUGGGCAUGGGUGUUUCCGUCCAUGGUGUGCUGUACCAUGGGCAUUGAUAUAACCUUUACAGUCAGCAAUAUCUUUCUGACAACAAAUAUGCCAAGUCACAGGCAAGGAUUGGCCGGGGCAUUCAUCAACAGUAUCCUCUUCCUAGGCAUCAGCUUCUUCCUCGGCAUUGCGGACAUUGCUGUGGGACAGACGGCUCACCUUGGGCUCAGACAGAGUUACAAGGUGGCCUUCUGGAUGGCAUUCGGCGUGGCAUCAGUUCCCCUGCUGUUCCUCCCAUUCCUCAAGAUUGGAUCCGCAAAGAGCGACCUCACGUUGGAGGAGCGACAGAAGCUUGAGCAAUCGAGGGGAGAUGAACGCCAGGCGGAAGACUCAAGAUGUUUGAAGCAACAGAAUUUCGGCAGUUCAAGAAUGGGUCGGUAG